AUGUUUCGUACAAUUUUACUCCUUUUAGCAGUUUAUGUGACAAGAAUUUCGUCAUUCCUUCAUUUUCCGCCAAGUACAGUGUGUGGAGUGUUAUUGGCGAUUGCUGUUCCGUUGGAUUUGCCGAAUUAUAAUGUUUUUUUGUCGUAUAAUUUUGAAGCGAAUUACAAUGUUCCAAUUAAAGCUUCGGAUAUAACAGCAGGUCCGGCUUUAUUGAGAACAAGAAGAGCUGAUUUUGAGGGAAAUGAAUUGAAUAAGACUUUAACGGAUAUGGAUUUAAGUGAAAAAUAUUUGGGAAAUGGGACUGUGGAGACGAGACCUCCGUUUGAGGCAUUUAUUACACGUCGGAGAAUUUAUCAAUGGAUUGAAGAUAAAUUAAAAGUAAAUGGAUUAAAAGGUCACGAAUGUCUAUUACGAGCAAUUUGUGAACACGUGGAUUCAUCAUUUUCCAAACAUAACGGAUUUUUAGGCGAUAUUGCUCAUAUUUUAUUAAGUCCUCACACUUCAAAAAAAGAACCAAACAUGGAAGAUUAUUACAUAGCAGAGAUCCGUGGAGAGUCCUAUGAUUGCAGCAUUUACGCUCAAUUAUGUCCCAUCAACAUUUUAGAUUUUAUUAGUAAAGUUGCGUUUCACUCAUAA